UCCCCUGGUUGUCUCUAGCUGGCAGGAUCCCUGACACUAGUGUUGCUCUCUGGCUGCCUGCUGUCUUGAGCCAUGGAUGCACAGCUGGUCGUAGCUCUGCUGGCUCUCACCUCCCUGGGUGCUGCAUCUGAACCGGACUGCAAAGAGUUGGUUAAGCCUCUGGUACUGGACAGCCACAGCCCUAUCUAUGGGAAGUGGGUGCUCCAUGUAGGGUCGUGGGACCAGCCUGGCCUGAAGAACGACCUGGUGACGGUGAAUGGCUCCUGGGUGGAACUGUCGGCUUCCUCAGACAGCGGAGUCAUCUCCAUCUACUGGUCCGACCGCCUAAAUGGAGAUAAAUGCCUGCAGGGGUUAGCCAAUGCCACCAUCUCAGGGAUGACCAGUCACACCACCUUUAAUAUCAAUGGUCACACUUCAUAUCAUGAUGGGAAGUACUAUGAGACCUGCUCCGACUGCCUCCUGUCUGAAGACACCACCUUCCUCCCUGACGGAAAGUCAAAGGGCCGAUACCUUUUCCUCUUUACACGCACCGGCAAUUUGGAGCCAUCUGAGUUAGAAACCUUCAAAAAGCAGGCAGAGUGUCUUGAAUUUCUCCCAGAGUACCACUUUGGAGGAACAGAUCUGUGUCCAGAUGACAGGGUCCCUGCUUCAGCUGCUCCCGAGAAUACAGAGAAUAAUAAAACUGAUGUUCAGCCUACUGCAAAGUAGGCUGAACAUCAGUCACAGCAGUCAUAGCCCUCUGAACAGCAUGCACAAACCCGAACGCAUCCAGCUUAACAUGUACUUGAUAGUGUUGUAAUGUGAUCUGCAUGUGCUGUGGAAUAACUUUUUAUUAGACCUGUUACAGCUUGUUUCAGCAGCAGCAUUGAGAUCAAGGCCUGUCGGUGUCAUGUCAUGUUAGAUCUGUGGAUAUGUGUAGGCUCAUGACUGUGUGUCUCUACCUGCUAAGCUUUUUGACCUUUCAGAAUUUAGUUUAAGAAAUGUGACUAUAUGAUAUGAAUAGGUAAGCAGAUUCUGGCAGGCACGGUAAUGGUUGAAAAAUCCACGUAAAUGCCUCGUUCAAAUCAAUUUAACAAUCUGUAAAUAGUUGAGUUACUAUUUUCAACUGGUUGUGUGAAGUAAAUAAAACACUUUUCUCUCUC